AUGUUCCUCAUGGAGACCCUGCCCCGAAGGGAUGUGGAGCUUCUCUGUGACAAGAGCAAAAUGAGCCGGGACAGCAGUUUCCGCCCCAGUGCCGAGGGCGCCACUGCCCCGCAGAGGCUAGAACCCUCGAAAAUGCGCAAGGGCUUCGGCCUGCAGGUCUGGUGCCUGACGCAGAGGGAGUGGCGAAACCUCAGGCGCGACAGCGCGUCGCUCAAGCUGCGGUUUGUGCUCACGGCCUUUUUGACGAUCCUCUUCUCGCUGGUCUUCGCCAACGUUGGGGAGCAUCCGGUCUUACGAACCCUCCGCCGCAAAUCAGGUGGACUCCUACAGGUCGCCUUGGCCCAUCCGCGGCUGCAGCGAGUGAGGCGUGUCUGCAUGAGGGCCUUCUGCCCCGAUGUGCCCCUGCUGCAGCAGCAGUUGCAGCGCGAGGUGGAGUAUCACUACAAGGCCGUGGUUCAGGUUGGCUUUACGGCCAUGUUCAGCGCUUCACAGCCGACGAUCCUCAGUUUUCCGCUUGAGCGAUCGGUCUUCUUGCGAGAGUACUCCUCGAACAUGUAUGGUACCUUAGCGUACUUCUUGUCGAAGAUGUUCGUGGAGGUGCCGUUGGGAGCUGUUCAGGCUUUGUUGGCCCUGGGUAUCUCCCAUCGCUGCAUGAGGUUUCAGGGAGACUUCUUGGAGAUGUGGGCGACGGUCUGUCUCCUGAACGCUUGCGCAGUCUCUUUCUCGCUCCUCAUCGGCUGCAUCGUCCGCUUCCCGCGGGAGAGCGGCGCUAUCGGCCCUUUAGUCUUCGUGCCGCAGCUCCUGAUGUCAGGUACCUUCAUCCCCGUGCAAGCGAUUCCGCACUUCCUGCGAUGGAUGCAGUACAUCAGCUUCCUGCAGUACGCUGUCAAACUGCUCGCAAUCGUCGAGUUUCGGAGGACCGACCCGAUGUUGCGAAGGCUCAUCUUCCGGACCAUGGAGGUGGACCCCGAGUUGACUGAGGUGUAUAUCGGGACGUUGAUUCUCAUGUGCGUUGUUUUUGCCCUGGUUGCCAUCAAGCUCCUCAGUGGCAAAGCUCACAGCGUCUACUGA